CUCCUGUAGCCAAUGUUGAGGUCCACCCAGUGAAGAGGUCCUUCGGCUUGUGGUGAAGCUUUUAUGGGCACGCUUGUUCAGCGGAUCGCAUGCUGUCUUUUUGAGAAACGACUCUAGCGAGAACAGCACGAAGAUGUCCUCAGGUCCGCUUGAAGUGGUCGAAGGUGGGAAGGCCUGGCUUCGGUGUGGAAAUGGCAUGAACUUGGGAGAGGCGCCCAUCUACCGGCCAAGUGACUCGUCGCUUCACUGGGUGGACUGCCUGUGUGAGCCGCCGGAGCUGCAGAUCGUCAAGGUCGACCCGGAGACCGGCGACGCAGAGGGCGAGGUCAGGGUGGUCAAGUUGGAAGACAGCGUGACGGUCGCGUUCUUCCGCAAGAACAAGCCCGGAAGCUACAUCUGCGCGUACUUCCAGGGCGUGGCAUUCAUGAACGAAGCUACAGGCAAGCUCGAAGUGGUCAAGGAGAUCAUACCGACGAGUGAUCGUGGCAUAAGGCGGUUCAAUGACGGAGGCGUCGAUGCGAAGGGGCGGUUCUGGCUGGCGGAAAUCGACAGGGUGGCUAUGGCUUACGGGCCGAAUCAGUGCCCUGCUAGCCAUGGCGAACCGAUAGGACGGUUGUGGCGGUACGAUCCUGAUGGCAGUCUCCAUCUUAUGGAGAAGGGCAUCAUUUGUGGGAAUGGACUGGCCUGGAGUCCGGAUAACAAGACGAUGUAUUUCAACGACUCGGUCGCCAUGCUGGUAUGGGCUUAUGACUUCGACCUGGAGAGUGGGAGCAUUUCGAACAAGCGAUUGCUCAUUGAUCGGAGAAGCUCUUUUGGCGAGCCGGAUGGAAUGGUAGUUGAUACGGAGGGAAAUCUCUGGAUUGCAAUGUUUGCUUCUUACCGAGUCAUGGUGUUCAGUCCGUCGGGCAAGCACCUGAAGGAUAUUGUCUUCUCGGCGAACAACAUGGCUUGUACGACUUGGGGUGGGAAGAACUCUGAUAUCCUUUAUAUCGCGACGGGAAGAGACAAAAGUCCAGACGCAAAGCCUGAUGAUGAGGGAGGGCAUAUGUUUAGAUUCAAGCCAGAGGGAGUGAAGGGGAUACAGAAGUAUGAGUUUGAUGGAUGAGGUAAGCCAUGAGGUAUUGCUUCUUCCUACAGUAGCUGGUCGCCAUGAUCUUAUGGCAUGUGUUUCGGAGAUUCUGCCACCUUAGCAUCAGCU